AUGGCGGUUGUUCUCGAUGCUUUGGCACCCUAUGUGAAGAAGAUAAUCACGGACAUGGCAAAAGAGGAGGUGCGCAUGCUGCUGGGUGUUCCCGGUGAAAUCAACAAGCUGAAGGAUAACCUGGUAUACCUCCAAGACUAUCUGGCUGAUGCUGAGAGGAGGCGCGUCACCGAUGUUAGCGUGCAGUCGUGGGUGAAGAAGCUCAAAGACGCCAUGUACAAGGCCGCAGACAUCCUUGAGCUUUGCCAGCUCGAGGCCAUGGAGCGGCAGGAAAAGUCUUCCAGCAGCGGGGACGCUUCAAGUUGUUUCUGUUCUCUUGAAGGACUCAUGACCAUGUGUGGAAAUCUGCAGGAUGUCAUCCAGCCAUUGGUGUUCUGCCUGCAGAACCCUUUGUUCGCCCAUGAGACGGGUAGCCGGAUAAAGAAGCUGAACCAGGAGCUUGACAGCAUCCGCAAGGGCGCCGCUCAGUUCAAUUUCCUCAAACUCGGAUCCUACGAGGAAAAGAGGACGCCAACAGAUAGUACAGCACAAGCAAGACGCAAGACGACAUCGGGGUUCGAUGAGUCGGCUAUCGUUGGUGAAAAGAUCCAGAGGGAUACAGAGAACCUGGUGCAGAAGCUAAUAAUGUCCAAUAAUCGCCACGACAGCAGUGCCAGUACUACCAUCAAGGUGGUGUCAAUCGUAGGCCCCGGUGGCAUGGGCAAGAGCACUCUUGCCAGGAAGAUCUUGGCAAACGAGGCCAUCAAGGAGGAGUUCAAAACCAAGAUAUGGCUGAGCGUCACUCAGAAGUACGAGAAAGUGGAGCUGCUGAGGAACGCCAUCACCCAGGCCAAGAAGGAACCGGCCAAAGGGAAGGACGAGUCCUUUCUCGAGGAGACCCUCACGGAUGCCCUGUCGGCGAACAAGUUUCUGCUCGUCUUGGACGACUUGUGGACGGACGGAGCGUGGAAGGAAGUGCUCCACGUCCCUGUGGUUAGCGCUGCCCGUAAGCAACCGGGUAGCCGCGUCCUGCUCACCACAAGAAAUGAAGACGUCACACUCAAGAUGGGACACUAUCACUCGCACAGUGACCAACUCCAUGUCAGCAAACUGGACGAUGAAGAUGCUUGGUCCCUGCUCAAGAAACAGCUGCCCCGCCAGCGGCAGGUGGGUAUUGCGGGUGAUUAUGAUGAGCUGAAAGAUAUCGGGAUGAAGAUUAUUAAAAAAUGUGAUGGAUUACCGCUUGCUAUUAAGGUUAUGGGUGGACUAUUAAGCACUAGGCGUCCAAAAGAACGUGAAUGGGAGAUUGUUUUGAACAAGAAUAUUGAGUGGAAAAAAGAUGAGGCGCAGGAGGAAGAGGAACUCAACUACUCAGUUCGUUUGAGCUAUGAAGAUUUAUCUCCACAAUUGAAGCAAUGCUUUCUCUACUACUCACUUUUCCCAAAGGGUUCAGGCUUUAUAGAGGAAAGAGUUAUUAGUAUGUGGAUUAGUGAAGGGUUUGUUCAGCAUGAUGGGAGGUCAGAGUCAGGCCAACUCGAUCUUGAGGAUAUAGGGGCUGAGUAUCAUCGGGAGUUGGUUGCUAGGAACCUUUUGGAGCCCGAUGAUUCAACUGACAAUAUAUGGGACUACACCAUGCAUGACAUUGUCCGCUCAUUUGCUCAGUUUAUGUCAAGAGAAGAAGCUUUUGUGGUUCACGAGGAUCAAGCCGACAUUAGAAGUCUUCUACCAGAAAACAAAAGAUUCCGCCGUCUCUCUAUUGAUAUAGUUGAUUCAGAACUGGAGUGGUCCAUCCUAGAGCAGCAAGAAACAUUGAGAACAUUAUUAUUGAUAAGCUGUGACAUUAAACCUAUAGGUUCAUUACAAAAUUUUGCUAGUCUGCGGGUACUGGAAAUAAGCUCCGUGCAGUCUGACUGGUUAGUGGACUCUCUGUGUCAACUCAGACACCUAAGAUACUUGUCAUUGUCAUAUACAGACAUAUCUAGGCUUCCACAUGACAUCCAUAAGAUGUGGUUCCUUCAACACAUUCAGCUUGACAACUGUACAAAGUUGGAGAAGCUUCCAGAUAGCAUCACCAAAUUAGUCGGUUUAAGAAAUCUUUCCUUAACUGGGUCCAAAGUUGAUACAAUACCAAGAGGGUUCGGCGGUUUAACAAAUUUGAGGGCACUUUAUGGGUUUCCAGUAAAGAUGGAUGGGGACUGGUGCACUUUAGAAGAGCUAGAAGCUCUUUCACAUCUUAGAAGUCUUCAAGUCAACAGUCUGGAAAAUGUGCUUGAUAGCUCAAUUGUUACAAAGGCUGGAAUUAGAAGCAAGAAGCAUCUGGAGUAUUUGGAGUUAAAUUGGUACGUUGAUGAUGAUGAUGAUGAUGAUGAGGAGGAGGAGGAGGAGGAGGAGGAAGAGGAUGGCGAUGAUCGUGAUGACAACCAAGAUGAUGAGGUUGAGGAGCAGCAGGAGGUGGAGAAGGAAGAUGAUGAGAAGGAGGAGGAGGAGGAACAUGAGGACGAUGAGGAGAAAGAGGAGGAUGAACAAACAGAAGUUGAGAAUAUUGAUCAGGACAAAGAGGAGGACGAUGGUCAUACUGAGGAUGGUGUAGGAAAAGAAGAGCAACAAAUUGGUCCAGAUCAACAACAGAGAAUUGAGGAUGUAUUUGAUGAGCUCUGUCCUCCACCUACACUGGACACCCUAAUAAUUUCAAAUUAUUUUGGCCGUCGGCUGCCAAACUGGAUGCACUCGCCAGCACAAACAACCUUUCGAUGCUUGAGGUCCAUUACCAUACUGAACUUAACCUAUUGCUCUCGAUUACCAGAUGGUUUGUGCAGAAUCCCCGGAUUGGAAGAACUGCUUAUCAGCAAUGCUCCAGCCAUCGAGCAUGUUGGGCCUGACUUUCAGAGCGUAGCAAGCGGAGAUGGAAGAAUUGUUUCUAAACCGUUCCCUGAGCUAGUAAAAUUGGAAUUGCUCGGGCUGUCCGUAUGGAAGGAAUGGAACUGGGAGAAGCACAGCGAAGCCAUAUCCAUGGCAGCUCUGGAACAUCUACAACUCACAGACUGCAAGCUGACCCAUCUUCCCCCUGGACUUGCCUGUGACUAUAGGUAUAGUCUGAGAAGCAUAUGCCUAAAAGAUCUCACACAGCUAGAAUAUUUGGAGAACUUCCCUUCGGUUGUGAAACUCGAUGUGCAUGAAUGCCCCAUGCUCAAGACCAUCAGCAGCUUCUCCAUGUUGCGGACGGUCAACAUUGAUGGUUGCCAGAAGCUGAAGGUACUGGAGGGUGUCCCGGUACUCGACAACAUGGUGUUGGAUGAUAUUCCAUGGGAUGUUAUCGGGACACCAGCCAGAUCUGCUCCACGUGUAGUUGGACACCUUGGGAAGGCAUUUGAAUGCGCUCUUGGCAGCAGCUCUACUUGUUUGUAUCGGUUGAACAUGGAUAAAACAUGGAUUGAUGAUAAUGCUGGAAAGUGUGUAAACUCAUUUUGGAAAGAGGCAAGUGAAGUCCGUGAGCACUUGAUAUGUGAUGGGUUUCUAAAAGGGUAUAGAACAUGGAACUUACAUGGAGAAGCUAGCUCUUCUAUGAAUUAUGGAAAUUGUGAUGCUGCUGAGGUCAUAGAGGAUUCCAGCGAGGAUGAUGAAAUAUCUUAUUUGCUUAGAGACUUAGCUGCCGGUCUAGAUGAUAGACGAGAUUUUGAAGACAAUAGUUCAACUUUGGAGACUUGUCCUGAACUAGUUGCCCUUCAAAAGUUAGUAGCAGAAAAUAGCAAAGAGCUAUACCCAAAUUGCAAGAAAUAUAUACAGCUAAGGUUCCUAAUUAGAUUGCUCCACAUCAAACUCCUUGGAGGAUGGUCUGAUAGAUCUAUGAACCUACUACUGGAUCUACAUAAUGAUGCACUCCCUAAGGGUUCAAAUCUACCUAGAAACUUUCAUGAAGCUAAGAAAUUGGUGAAAUCCAUUGGAAUUGGUUACAACAGUAUUCAUGCUUGUCCAAACGAUUGUGUUCUCUACUGGAAAGAGAAUGUGGAUUUAAAUGAGUGUCCAAAAUGUGAGGUUUCUCGAUGGAAAUUAGAUCGGAAGAGUCUAGAUGAGAGACAUGUGUAUAAGGUUCUUAAGAAGGUUCUCCGUGACUUUCCUAUGAAGAAAACACUCCAAAGGUUAUUUUUGUCCUCUAAAACAGCAAGUCUAACAAGAUGGCAUGAUGAAGACCGAAAAAAGGAUGGUCUGCUAAGGCAUUCUGCAGAUUCACCUCUAUGGCAGGACUUUGAUGAGAAGCAUCUAGAAUUUUCUGCAGAUAGUCGAAAUAUCCGUCUAGCAUUUGCCACGGAUGGGUUUAAUCCAUUUAGAAUGAACAAUGUUAGCUAUAGUGUUUGGCCUGGUAUUUGUAUUCCACUCAAUUUCCCACCUUCCAUGUGCAUGAAGCAGUCAAAUUUCAUCCUUUCUUUGCUCCUUCCCGGUAAACGUGGCCCGGGUAGUGAUAUGGAUGUCUUUUUACAGCCACUUAUUUAUGAUUUGUUAGAUAUGUUUGAAAAUGGAGUUAGAACCUAUGAUGCUUCAAGGGGCGAGUUCUUCAAGUUGAGGGCGGCGGUGUUGUGGACUAUUUUAGAUUUCUCAGGUUUAGGUUAUGUGUCUGGGUCUACCACAUCUGGUGAAGCAGGAUGUCCUGAUUGCCACCAAUUUACAUGUUCACUUAGACUUCAUAAUGGUACGAAGACUUGCUAUAUGGAUCAUCGUAGAUUCUUGGAUGAAAACCACCCAUUUAGGUUUGAUGUUGAUAAAUUUGGUGGUAAAACUGAGUUUAGGCCAGCACCUACACCACUUUCUGGGGAGCAAAUUUUGGACUGCACUAAGGAUCUUUGUACAAGUUUUGGCAAGGAUCCAUCUGGGAAGCAACCAGCAAGAAAAAGACGAAAGGAAGGGGAGCCCUUAAUCAUUUUCGAAAGGAGAUCUAUAUGGUUCAAACUUCCAUAUUGGAAAGAUUUGAUGCUGCGACAUAAUUUUGAUGUCAUGCACAUAGGAAAAAAUGUGAGUGAAAGCUUAAUUAACACAUUCCUGGGCACCAUUGAAAAGUACAAGGAAAAUUUGAAUUCUCGUCUAGACCUUCAAGCUCUAGGUAUUAGAAGUGAUCUUCACCCUGUUGAAGUUGAUGACCAAUUUUAUUUACCACCUGCACCAUACACAAUGAGUCCCGAUGAGAAGAAAUUAUUUUGUCAAAUACUAAAAGGGGUGAAGUUUCCUGAUGGUUAUGCAUCUAAUAUACGACACAACAUCCAAUUUAAUGAGAAAAAAAUAUUUGGGCUAAAGAGUCAUGAGUGCCACAUUAUUCUUCAACACCUGUCAUGGAUCAAGAUGAUAGAACUUGAUGUAGUGCUAAAUGUUGGCUUCAAUCAAGACUUGAGACAUACCUUUAUCUAA